GCUGCACCCCUUGGGUUGGGACAAUUUGGGCUUUAAAUAUUCUGUAUCUCUUGCUAAUAGAAGACAGAACUGGACUGAUAAGAGGAGCAGGUGGGUGACCAGGAGCUUCUGGGUUGCUGAUUUCAGCUAUCUCAAGUAGGGCAAAAGGACUGGGGAGAAUGGCAACCAUGGAUAAAAAAAGAGGGAUGGAAGCAUAGAUUCAGAGCUGAUAGAACUUGACAAGCAGUAGCCUUGUUGCAAACUCCGGAAGACAUAACAGUACCAAAAUAUUUUCAUCUCACAGGUGUGGAUGUGGAGUGGGGCAUGCUGGAGACCUCAGGCAAACAGUAUCCAUUCAUUUGGUUUGCUGGAAUGCAUGCAAGAAAAUUUUUCAUCUCGGCACUUUUCCCUAUGUAAAGUCUCCUGUCCAUCUUUUCCUGUCAGUUUUUGGAAAGUUGACAAGUUUAACGCAGAAGUAAAAUAGAUCUGAUUACAGAUAUAACAGCCUCUUGGAGAAGCGACUCAUGUCUGACUUUUCACCUUGCCGCCAUUGUCCCAGUUUCCAUGUGCUUCAGGAUUCGACCAACUGGCAUGACGCCCAAUUUCCAGCUGGCUGGGGCCCUCUGAAGCAGGAAGGCCACUGGUUUUCAAGGAAGGGAUGGGGGAAGAGGACAGCUUCCUCCCCAAAGACCCCACGGCACCAUAGCCCUUCUUAUGAUGGGUACAAUCCAGUUUGCCAAAAGGACAUGAGCUGGGGAGCCAACCACACAACCAAGAGUGAUCCUAAAGCCCCAGCACCUGGAGGUGCUUUGGUCAGCUGCGGAUGGAAUCAAGGAGCCUCUGCCAAGAAGAGGAGGGAGCUCCCUGCCAGGGCACCCCCAAGCUAUGAAGCUCACAUGCUUCUGCGCCUGCGGGCACAACAGGGCCCACGCAAAGAAAACUGGCCUCAUCCUCCACCCUACCUUGCUCCUCCCUCUUAUGAGGCUUCCCACCAUAGAGUGCAACCCCAGCAACGGGCAGGCAAGUCAGAUUCAGCAGGGAAGCUUAUCCAAACUGGAGCUGCUAAGAAAUACCGAGAGAGAGAAGCGGGCUGUGAGUCAGAGCCCUUGACUCACCCGCCUGGGAGAAAGGCAGGCAGGUGGCAGACUAAAAUACCAGGCAGCUGGAGUUAUCUUUCAGGAGCCAGAACGUGGGGCGGCCCAAGGAUGCAGUCAGAGAAGGCAAAGUCCCCAUCCCAUUUGGGCUCUGACUGGGACAUUAGUCCCCAACACCGAAGUCACACCCUUCCUCUGGUGAAUAAGAGGAGCCAGGUCAUGCCACUGCCCUGCCAUCCUUCCCAACACACCCUCCCUGCUGGAUGGGGCUUUAGCCAUGCAGCCGGUUGGUGUGGCUCCAAGAGAGAUGGGAGCAGAGCAAAAGAGAAACGCUGCCAAGACUCCUUCCCCAGAUGGAAGGAACCAAGCCCUUCCAGGAAACUUGCAGGGGGUCAGCCAGCUUUGUCCAAGUCCAUGCCUCGAAGGCAUGGGGGGCUAUUUGUAAUUGAUGCCACUUGUGUGGUGAUCCAGGCUCACUACAUUCCAUCACCCCGAAUGGAGCAAGUCUGCUACCUGGCCCAGAGAGAGGCAAGUACCAUAAAACCCCCCACAUCUCCUGGCUCUCCAGGCCCUACCUUAAUGGAGGAACGGGCUGCUCGCAUAUUGGGCCUCCCCUUGCGUGAGUUGGGGGUUACAGAGGCAGAGCAGGGAAUUAUGGCACCCAGGAUCACCCGAUCGGAGAAUGGUGCUAUACCUGGGGACAGUUCUGGAAGAGAGAAGGUGAAGAGGGUGCCUUCUGCUCCAGGCAGUCCUAGGAAACGUUCUGGACCUCCAACACCAAACCAUUCCCAGGUUGGGCCUGCAAAGCAGGAGCCAACCUACCUGGAAGGGAAAGGGUCUGCAGCACCCCCUUGUCCAAGAAGCCAUGGCCUGCCACAAAGGAAAAAAGUGCCAGGGAUUUCUGCCCAAAGCCAGUCCUAUAUUUGCGAUCUGAAGGAAGCCAUGUCGAGGAUCCGCCGGCACACGGCCCCAGAUUCAGACACAGAUGAGGAGCUGGAGAAGGAAUGCCAGCCCACCUGUGAGCGACAAAGGUUGAACCAAGAGGUGCUCAUGUGCAGAAGCAGCAGCAGCAGCAGUCUUGACAGCAGCAGCUCCAAUGCCACAGUCGUGCCAGGAAAUGCCACUCCUGCCUGGAGACCCAGGCCACAGACUCCAAGGGCAAGCAGGGAGGGGUUAGGCCCAGCCAAGGAAUAAAGAUUGGAGAGAAGUGAAACUCCAACACAGAUCAGUGACGGUGAACUUUUUGGACUCUGCGUGUCAAAAAUUCAGCAAAUACCUAACUGGCAUGUCACCCCACCCCCCAAAAAAUUCUCUAUUUCAGGGGUGUCAAAACACAAGGCCCACAGGCCAGAUCUGGCCCGUGAUGUGUCAGAUCCGGCCCGUGGGGCCGUCCUGGAAAAUGUAAGAGGCGGGCCCGCAUGACUUCAGCCCGGUCUACCCAAUGCAGAGGAAACAUCGGGCCAGUGUGGCUUCGGCCCUGUCUACCCAGUACAAAAAAGAAACAUACCAGCAGCUUGGGGAAUGGUGUCAAGAUGGCUACCCCCACCCAAUUGACUACCCCCACCCAGUCCCAUCCCCCCCCAAGGUCAACCACAGCCCUAAUGUGGCCCUCAAUGAAAUUGAGUUUGACACCCCUGCUCUAUUUCCUCCCCACCCAUCUACGCCAUUCAGAAGAGCAGCCUCUCAGCAGCAGCGCCAAGGCUGGACUUGAAGUAGAGGCACAGGUCUCAACUUCACCACUAGAGAAAUUGUUGCCACUCAAAAAGGUUGCCUUGUGUCAUUUCCCAAGGCAUGCUAGCCUACAGGAAUGGUGCAAUUGCCCCUGUGGCCCAGCAUUUCCCAGGGUCUGCUUAUUUUCAGACAGUCUUUUCUUUCUGUUGAUAGGCUUCUGCGGCCUACCAAAGGCUGCUUUGGGUUGUACAAGGCCUUUGUUCUUGAAGCAGAAAAUGCUCUCCUGCAGCUUCUGCAACCUCCAAAACGGCAUGAAAGCACAUCCUGUUCUCCCACAAUUUCUGGAGGCUCCAGAAGCCGCAUGAGGGCGCACCCCAUUUUUGCAUGGCCUCCACAGCUACUGGAAAUGCCACGAGAACAAGGCAUUUUAAAUUGCCUUGUUUUUUAAAUUGAUUUUUUUAUUAAUUACAUUUCUUAGUGCUUAAAACACAUCAUGUUGUCUGGGUAUUUAAUGUGCUUAACAAUACAUACUACGUUCUUAAUCUCCACCCCUUUUUUCCAACCACUGAUAAAAUAGAUUCCAUGUUUGAUAAUAUUCUGUGUCUUCUUUCUGUUUCAUUUUUAAUGUCAGUCUGUCCAUUUCUGCACACUAGUAUCUUCUUAAUUAUUUCUUCAUCUCAUGGUGUUUCUUCAUUUUUCCAGCAUUGCGCAAAUAUACAGUAACCCUCACUGCUGUCAAGAUGUGCAAUGUUAAAUACAUACUUUUCUUAUCAAAUUUACCUGAUAUUAUACCUAGUAAAAAUAGUUCAGGUUUAAAAUCUACAUGCUUUCCAAUCAUCUUUUCUAGCCAUUUAUGUAUUUUUUCCCAAAGCAUUUUUGCUUUAUCACAACUCCACCACAUAUGAUAGUAUGUGCUCAAGAACAAGGCAUGCUUUUGAGAAUAUUUGCUGUGAGGCAUUGAUGAAUGCUGGCGUGUCAUCAAAAACACCAUGGUGUGUCACCUUUGACACACGUGUCAUACAGGGGUGGGUUCUACUUACCUUUACUACUGGUUUGCAACAGGGCCACGCACGCUCUUCUGCGCACGCGCAGAAACAUUUGGGUGACGUUGGGGUUGGUGGGCAGAGCCUCCCUCCAGUUUUACUACCGGUUCUAUAGAAUCUGUGCGAACCGGGGGCAACCCACCACUGGUGUCAUAGGUCCACAAUCACCGACUUAGACCCUUUCCUUCCAACCCAGCUCCCUCUCUAAAGUGCCUGCUGUCCCCACACUUCUAUCUCCCUUCCUGCAUCCUCACUGGGAGCUCAGGGACACCACUGCAAUCUCCCCCACAUCCCCCAUGGGUUAGAACAGCAACUCGACAAAGUCCCAGCCAGAUUUUGGCUCUGCUGCUUUGGAAUUCUGGAGGUCCUGCUACCGAUAUCAUCGUUAGGAAGUGAGGUUGCAAUAAGCUGUGUCCCUCUGCUCCGGUGAGGAAGAAAGUAUCAAAGUCCUUGCCUCAGUAUUCUGCUUGUUUUGUAGCACAACUGCUAAGAAUGGAAUCAAUACAUCCACAGAUAGUAAGCCUCCAAUUGGUGAAUGCUAGGGACAAUCCAUAGGAACAAUGGCCCUCGGUGUAAUAUCCUGAAACACCGAUCUUCUCAGGAUCCUCCCUGCCUAGCCUUAGCAGAAGACAAGGGAAAUCCCAGGAAGCAACAGAGAUGCUCAGGUGGGAGCCGACUUUCAUUAUGUAGCUAAGAGACUUGCAGGAGGCAAAAGAGCUGUCAGGACCUUUACUGCUUUGCAAUGUCUGUAGAGUUAUUGCUAGACAAGCUGUAUGUGACAGGCCUUUGAUAGUGUUGUAAGUAUUGCUCUUCUUAAAAUUGAAUACAGAUAUCUGUAAUAAAAUUCUGUGCAACCAAA